AUGAAUUCUCACGUCGACGGUGCCUCUUUCGCAGAGACCGAACGGGCUGUGAAUGGCGGCUCCGAGUGGUCGCACCUGAACGGUGACGUCCACGCCAGCACCUUCGCAGUGAAGGUCGGGUUGGCGCAGAUGCUCAAAGGUGGUGUCAUCAUGGAUGUUGUGACCCCAGAGCAGGCACGAAUCGCAGAGAACGCCGGUGCUUGUGCAGUCAUGGCGCUCGAACGCAUUCCGGCGGACAUUCGGGCACAGGGACAAGUUGCGCGCAUGAGCGACCCCGGCCUGAUCAAACGAAUCAAAGCAGCAGUGUCUAUCCCGGUCAUGGCUAAGGCACGCAUUGGGCAUUUCGUGGAGGCCCAGAUCCUCGAAGCUUUAGGAGUGGAUUACAUCGACGAGAGCGAGGUGCUAACCCCCGCCGAUGACCUGCAUCACAUCAACAAGCACAAGUUCCGUGUGCCGUUCGUCUGCGGAUGCCGCAAUCUCGGCGAGGCUCUCCGUCGAAUUCAGGAGGGUGCGGCUUUCAUUCGCACGAAGGGCGAGGCCGGUACCGGAAACGUAGUCGAAGCGGUUCGCCAUGCGCGGCAGGUCGUGGGCGAAAUUCGCCGGUUGCAAACCAUGGAUGAUGACGAGCUCUUCACGUACGCCAAAGAGAUUGGGGCAAGCUAUGCCCUGGUGAAACGUACAAAAGAAAUGGGCCGGUUGCCCGUGGUCCAGUUCGCAGCUGGUGGCGUCGCAACGCCCGCGGAUGCCGCGCUUAUGAUGCAACUCGGCAUGGACGGCGUCUUCGUCGGCAGCGGCAUCUUCAAAAGUGCAGAUCCAGAGAAACGCGCACGUGCGAUUGUGAAGGCGGUGGCCAACUACAAUGAUCCCAAGAUUUUGGCGGAAGUGAGCGAAGACUUGGGCGAUGCGAUGGUGGGCAUUGAGAUGGACAAGCUCGUACAGAAAUGGGCAGCUGAUUCGCGGCACAAGGCACAGUGA